AUGGAUCGGUCAAACAUUCAACCAAGCAACUCAAGAACAUACCAACAUCGUCAUCAACAAGUCCAGAAGGCAAACAUCCCACUUGCGAUAGUAGAGAGCUCCUCCUAUCGCAAACUUGAUACGUCCAGUAUGGCUGCCCCCGAAGUUCAUCAUCUCUUUCACAACCCAAUUGCAGACCAUUCGUUCUCUUCAGACAAGCAGACUCUCGCUGUAGCCAAGGACAAUUUCGUAAGCCUUUACCAGAAAUCGGGCUCCAAGUAUGCUCUCAGUGAUGAGCUCAAAGGCCAUGACAAGACAGUAACGGGUGUGGAUAUUGCCCCAAUAAGUGGCAAAAUUGUGACUUGUUCCCAAGAUCGCAAUGCCUACGUCUGGGAACGCACUGCCACUGGGUGGAAGCCAACUCUCGUGCUUCUCCGUAUCCAUCGAGCCGCAACCUACGUUCGCUGGUCUCCCUCGGAGCAGAAAUUCGCCGUUGGUUCCGGUGCACGCGUGAUUGCCGUCUGCUAUUUUGAAGAAGAGAACGAUUGGUGGAUCUCAAAGCAUUUAAAGAAGCCCAUCCGCAGCACGAUUACAACUCUUGCCUGGCAUCCGAACUCCGUGCUGCUCGCAGCCGGAUCUACGGAUUCGCAUGCAAGGGUGUUUUCCAGCUUUAUCAAAGGCAUCGACGAGCGCCCGGAGCCAAGUGCCUGGGGAGAACGGCUCCCAUUUAAUACUGUUUGUGGUGAAUUCCUGAAUGACUCCGCUGGGUGGAUCCAUGGGUGCGCUUUUUCUCCAAGUGGGAACUCCCUGGCGUUUACUGCCCACGAUUCCAGUAUCACCGUGGUUUACCCCAGCGCACCCGAACAGCCUCCUAGGGCGAUGUUGAAUAUUAGCACCAGAUUGCUGCCAUUUACGAGCUUGAUAUGGAAUGGGGACGAUGAAAUUAUUGCUGCUGGCCAUGACUGCGAGGCAUUCCGUUUCCGUGGCAGUGAAAACGGCUGGCAACUAGUAGGGUCAAUAGAUGCCAAAGCUCAAUCAGGAGCUGGCAGUGCCCGUGAAGAAAGUGCUCUCAACAAGUUCCGCCAAAUGGAUAUCAAAGGAAGCACCAAGAAUGAUACCCAACUCCAGACUGUGCACCAGAAUACGAUAAGCACUCUGAGGGUGUAUGAAGAAGAUGGAGGCAAAGUGCGGAAGUUUAGCACAAGCGGUGUGGAUGGAAGAGUCGUCGUGUGGAGCACGUGA